CCGUGGGACUCUGCUUUGUCCCAUUGGCCAGGCUGGGACCUGGAAGAUGCGUAUGAAUACCAUGACGUCGUUUCCCAUUGUUACUUUUCAGCAAUCUGCUGCUGCCAUAGUACCAGCCUGCCUUUCACCUUCUACUUCCCAAGUUGGUAUCUCUGCUGAGCGAAGAACCUGUUUCGGGGUCCGUUCUUCCCUUUUUCAGAAGCAGCAACAGCAACAGCGACAGCAACAGCAACAGCAACAGCAGCAGCAGCAGCAGCAGAGUUGCAUUGGCAGGGGCCAGAGGAGUGGUCAGUUUGGUACCAGUUGCAAGUUGAUAUACGCAAGAAGCUUGUGGGAGCAGGGGCGGCCAUGUGGCGUGCUGAUCUGGACGUCCACAUCAGCACAAGCCUGCAGUGAAGGAGAGCUCUCCAGAACCUCCACCACAAGGUCAAGGACUGCAGUCAGGUCUCACUUAAACAUCUCCAAGAAGGUGAUCUCUCUUAGCUCUGGGCGGAGCCGCAGAACUUCGGGUUACCGCCAGCUGGCGGCGUCCAGUUGGCAAAGCCAUCAAGAGCGCAGGCUUGAUCAUAAUUGUCAAGAGAUGGAGGGGAGUGGCAAUGGGUCUCCUCGUGCGGAAGCAACAGCAGUGGGCACAGCAGCGGAGGUGGCGCCAUGCAUUGUCAGUGCCACAAUCGUCGGCGCAGGAAGAGUGGGAGUGGCCCUGGAGAAGAUGGGAAAGGGCGAUGAUGUGGUGGUUCGUCGUGGUGACACUGUCUUAUCUGACGGGCAGGGACCUAUCCUUGUUUGCACGAGGAAUGCUGAUCUCGAUGCUGUCGUCGAAGCAACUCCUCCUCCCAGACGGGAAGACUUAGUCUUUUUGCAGAAUGGUAUGAUUGAACCGUGGCUUGCGUCGAAGGGUUUGGAGAAGAACACGCAGGUGCUUGUGUACUUUGCGGUAGCAAAAUUAGGAGACAAGCCUGUGGAUGGCAAGACCGACGUCAAUCCGGAGGGACUGACAGCCGCUACGGGCAAGUGGGCGACAGCAGUCGCUUCGCGCCUACACUCAGCAGGACUGAGCUGCAAAGUUCUUGAUGCCGAGUCCUUCAGGAAACCAAUGUUAGAGAAGUUGAUGUGGAUUAGCGCCUUCAUGCUGGUCGGGGCUCGCCACCCUGGCGCAACGGUUGGGGAUGUAGAGUCCACGUACAGAGAGGAAGUGGUGUCACUGGUCAACGAGCUGGCGUCCGCUGCAGCUGCUGCCAAAGGAGUACAGUUCGAUGACGGAUUAGUUGACAGACUCUGCGCGUAUGCCCGAUCGGUAGCGCAUUUCCCCACAGCCGUCAAAGAGUUUGAAUGGCGGAAUGGCUGGUUCUAUUCCCUUAGCAAAACGGCUCUGGACGGGGGCAAACCAGAUCCUUGCCCUCUUCACACAGCUUGGCUCCAGGAUGUAGGAGCUAUAUAAGGGAGAAGUACCUUCCAGUAAUCCAGAAUCAGUGGGGUAGAUUUAGGAGAUUGAGGACUUAUUCACACUAGGACUUUCCUGGAUCUACCUCACUGCAAAUGUGACCCCAUUUCGUGCAGAAAUUCCUUAUGUGAGUACGCCCAACGACUGUACUAAUUAGAGUAGUUUUCUAGAAGUGAUAGAGUGUUGAACAAGCGUGUUCAUUCCUGACCUCUGGGUUGGGAUGAUGUGUUGACGUGUCUUAGUGAUUACCACAGCUCAUGCUUGUCCGUCUCCCUGGUCUUGCCACAACGCUUCUUCAUCUGGUGUGCGCUUGUCUCUGUUGCUGUUGUUGAGAAUCUGGCGUGUUGUGAUGUACGCUGUAUAGGUGGUUUUCUCCCAGAGUUUGUUCUUUUCUUUAUGAUGCAUAAUCUCUGCGUUUUCCUUUCCGAGUUCCUUGUUUCUAUUUCGGGAGCUGUGUCUCGAGCAGGAGGAGGUCCCAUUUCACCGUUUUCUUUACAAGAAGAGAACAAUGACCGACCGUCUGAUUCAGCUUCAGCUAAAAAAAAAUAAAAGUUAUAAAACAUA